AUGCCUUCCGCAUACAAGAGCAAGGGCAAAGGCCGCGACGCGCGCCAGUCGCGAAGCCGCAACACCACUCCAUCCACCGCGGGUGCACCCACGGCCGCAGCGUCAUCAAUUCCCAGCUACCUCGACAAUGAUGUGACGAAGCAGAUUGAUGUAGCUAAUACCGAGUAUACGGACCUGCUCGACUUGGUGGCCGGACCGAAUAUUCCCGACUCUAAGACCCUCGAAAGGCUGGUGGAACACCUCAAAUCCCUUAGUGAUAUGGCAGAUGUGCGUGGCGAGACAUUCAAUGCUGGAAUGCGUGAGAUGUCCCAAAAACGGAAAGAGGUGGUCGAUGACCAAGAGCUUGAACGGGAGGUAGGAGAACGCUCGAAGCUAAAGCGCGAGACGGAGGAUGACGACGAUGUGCCCAAGGGAGGGAAGUUGAAGAAGCGCAAGGAGCGCGCCAGCGCAAAAGAGGAGCGCCCAUUGAGCCACGGUGCACAUGAUGUCGCUCGGCAGGAUGGAGCAGAGACGAAGGUCGAGGGAGCUGCUUCCCCAGUCUCGAAACAUGCCAAGAACGCCGCCUCUGAAGGCAGUUCGUCUCUUUCACCACCAUCGAUGUCCCCGAACGGCGCAACUAUGAAAGAUGAAGGUGCUACCGGACCUGGCUCUCCCGGUUCCGAGUCCGGCGCUGAAUCCCACCAGCCCGAACCCGCACCGGCAGUAUCCCAGGUGCAGGUCUUUGGAGCAAAUCCACUCAAGUUCGAUGAUCCCACUGUUUACCAUAUCCGUGAAGUCCUGGCAGAUAUGACCGACGACGAGAAAAAGGAGAUUUACAGUGUCGCUCGCUUCCCUAAAACUGAUCUCAAGGACUUGAUGGCGGGUACGCCUCCGGACAAGGACUUUAGCAACGCCAAGCCUUCCAACCAGGUCAGCGCCAAUACGUUCCAAGCAUACAUUGAUCCUUUCGUUCGGCCUCUUACCGAAGAAGACAUUGCUUGGCUCAGAGAUAGGGGCGAUCGCGUGACCCCUUUUAUCAAUCCGCGUCGGGGAAAGAAGAACUACCGUCAGCUCUGGUCCGAGGAAGACGGACUUUCUUACGAUCAAAGCCAAGACGACAAGGACCAACUACCUCUAAACCAAGGACGUGGCAGCAUUGAGCAACUGACGGAUGAUAAGCUGGAAACCAACGAAGUCUCGAUCGGACCACUGCUCAGUCGACUAUGCUCCCUUCUCCGGUACGAGCAUCGCACUCUCCCGGAUGACAACCCUACCUCUAAUGGCGACACCUCCGGAGCAGGCGGCCUGGGAGGUGAUGCGAUGGACAUUGAUGGGACGAACGGAGAGUUAGAGACCAAGACUGAGAGCAAGCCGCUCCCUCCGGCAACAGCCUUCCGGGACGCCGACCCAAACGGGUUCAAAACAUCCGUGGCCAAGCUCGACCACGCCCAACUAGACGAACGCGCAAAAGCCGAGCUACGAUACAUUGGGUUCUUGGGUGCGGAUGACAACCCGGACUAUGACGCACAUUACGACGAUGAAGUUGCCGAGCGCCUCCGUCUGCUUCAGAAUGAGCUCAAGAAGCAGAUCAUUACCAACAACGCGCGCAAGGCCCGCAUCCUGAAGAUCGCGCAGGAGCACAUGGCGCUUCUGGAAUUCACUACUAUCCAGGACGACCUUGACUCUCAAGUCCAACAGGCCUAUCUCAAACGUACCCGCACUAUGGGCAAGAGCAAGAAGGGUUCCCAGGCAAAGCACCGGCCGGGUGGUGCUGGUGGAGGUAGCCAUAUUGCCGGCGCCGGAAUUUCUCGCCCCGCCGUCGGAGAUGCCGCGAAGAUCGUGAUGGAUCGCCGCAAGCGCUGGGGUGAUGCUUUCCGACCUAUCUUUGAAGACAUCAAAACCACCAUCCCCACUGCUGGGGAGACGAUUUUCGACACUGCGACUAUGAAUGAAUAUGAAAAGGCGGAAUUGGAAGCCUGGGAUGAAGAAUAA